UCGCAGCCAGAACUCCAAGCAGUGCAGCGCCCGAGCCCUGCCGCUUGCGCCUCCUCAUAGCCGAGCUCGGUUGCCCGCCUUCACCAACCUCUGCGCUUUAGCUUCUACGUGCAGCGCCACUCAUCACCACUACCGGGCUGCGCCUCGCCUCGCUGCGCAACCUCUCCAUCGCGCCUCUCGUCGGUACGUGACCUUGCUGCCGCGUACUAGCUGUUCCGCCGGAUUCGCCAGAUCUUUGCUGAAGUUUGACAGAUCGACAGUCCUCCACUGCCCAUUUCGACAUUUGCCUUUGCUAGCGGGGUGAUGAUCAUUUCCUCCUCCACGUUAGGUUGAUCUCCCUAGCCCUGUGCUUGGCGGCUCCGGGUAGUGUGCUCUUCCACAUUGGUUAGUUUGAUCAGGAGCAUACACGUGGAGUUACUCUCGUGCUGUCAUCCUGGUCUUCCAUUGAAGCCGCUUUGCACUUUGGGCUCUUCCUAGGAGGUGUUUCACCCAUCUUUGUAUUAAUCGUUGAAAAGAAUGGUGGGGCUAUCAGCAGGAGAGAGGCAGUUUAUAUAUGGUGGGAUUGCACAAGAUCUUCGAUCAGAUGGCAGACAACGACUGCAGUUCAGGCCUAUCUCUGUUCAAACUGGAGUUAUUCCUCAGGCUAAUGGCUCUGCUCGGGCUACGAUGGGUGCAACUGAUGUCAUAGCUAGCAUCAAGGCUGAACUUGGGAAGCCUGCUCCUCUUCGACCAGACAAAGGAAAAGUUUCUAUUUUUAUUGAUUGCAGCCCAACUGCAGCACCAGUGUUUGAGGGCAGAGGUGGUGAAGAGUUAUCUGCUGAGCUCUCAGUUGGACUGCAGAGAUGCUUACUGGGUGGUAAAAGCGGGGCUGGUGCUGGUAUUGAUCUCUCAUCACUGAUAGUUGUUGAGGGUAAGGUUUGCUGGGACCUUUAUAUUGAUGGACUUGUAAUAAGCUCAGAUGGCAAUUUGUUGGAUGCACUAGCUGCUGCCAUCAAGGCGGCUUUGAGCAAUACAGGCAUCCCAAAAGUAAGCGUUUCUGUUGGAGCUUCAGGGGAGGACCAGCCAGAAGUGGAUGUAAGUGAUGAGGAGUUCAUGCAGUUUGAUACAUCUGGGGUUCCUGUUGUCGUAACUCUGACAAAGGUGGGCAGGCACUACAUUGUGGAUGCGACCUUGGAAGAGGAGUCUCAAAUGAGCUCUGCAGUUUCAGUUUCUGUGAAUAGGCAUGGUAGGGUUUGUGGGCUUAUCAAAAGGGGCGGUACUGGAUUGGAUCCAAGUGUUGUGCUUGACAUGGUCUCAGUGGCAAAGCAUGCCAGCGAAACCCUGAUAGCUGUGCUGGAUUCUGAGAUUGCUUCUGCAGAAGCAAUUGAUGACGAUGAUGCAAUUUAGGAUGAUAAACCUAUUAUUUGCAUGCAUCAUUGUAGAAAUGUUCAAAAUGUACUGCUCUCUCUUUAGGACCUUUCCUCAGUAAAUGAUUUUUUUUAUUUACAGACGAACCCUUUGCUAAUUGUGUUCUUAUGUGGAUCAAAGUAAGCAUUUGUAUGCAUCAUCAUACUGAAUGGUCUUGAGCUAGCUAUAUAACUGCUAAGAUUUGCCUAAGCUCACAAAAGAAGAGCUAUAAAAAACUCCGAUGGAAAUGAAACCA